AACCCAGAGGAAGCUUUAAACUUGAGGAAAACGAUGAAAUUUUAGGUUCUCAGAAAACAAAAACCCUUCCUCACCCAAUCAAAUCCCUCUUGCUCUUCCCUAAGCUCCUCCUCCUCUGCCCUAGCGCGACUGAGACUCACACUCUCCAUGGACGCGCGUCGCGCUUCUCGGACCGUGAUCGACCCUAAGGUCCGCCACGUCGGCUUCUUCGCUCCCACCGCCGAGCCCUUACCUGUUCGAACUCAAUCGGGACCCACAAUCCCGACCUCCUCUCCUCCCCACUCCGAUUCUCCGGCCAGAAACUCCCUUUCUCCCGUCAUGAUCCCCCCUUCCCGCCACCUCUCCGACACCGUCGCCAUCCGCACCGCCGCCGUCCCGGUCCCGGAAUCGGCCCUGCGGCGGGUUGAUUCCGGCGAGCAAGUGCCGGUUGGGAGCUACAACCCGUCCGAGUCGCUGUUAGGGUCCUCUCCGGUGGCCCCGUCGCCGUCGAGCAGGACCGGGGAUGGAACUCUGGAGUUUUCAGAGGAGAACUCGGUGCAGUGGUACCGGCGGAGCGGCUCCGGCAAGAUGGCCACGAGUCUUCCCGGCGGAGGAUUUGACUCCGCCGCCGCUGCGGCGUUAAGAACGCCUCUUCAAGUUCCAGAGAAAAGAGCAGAGGUGGUUUCGAAAGUGCAGAAUGAAGUUCCUAUUAGUUCAGAACCGCCUGCGAAAGCUAAGCCGACUAAAGCCGAAAGGCGUGCCUUGCAGGAAGCUCAGCGUGCUGCUAAAGCUGAUGGAAGAAAACUGACCCCUGUAUCUGGAGGAGGAUCUAAACCUGUGAAGCAGUCUUCCCAGAAGAAAGAGAUGCAAAAGAAAGAUACUCCUGGCAUUGCAUCUUCAGUGGUUGCUUCUGACAAGAAGGGUGGAGAUCGAGCAACAGAUAGGAGGAAAGAUGUUCCUCCUCCACGUAUGCAGUUUGAUGAUAAGAGUCGAGUGGAGAAGGCAAAAAGGCGUGCUGUGGUCAAUCAAACUGAAACUAAAAACAGAGUUGAAUUGUUCCGGCAUUUGCCUCAAUAUGAAUGGGGAACUCAGCUUCCAGAUCUUGAGUCAAAAAUUUUUCAACUUGAUUCUGUGCAUCCUGCCAUUUAUAAGGUUGGACUGAAGUAUUUGGCUGGGGAUAUAUCUGGGGGUAAUGCUCGUUGCAUCGCAAUGCUUAAAGCGUUUCAGGAAGCCAUUAGUGACUACUCUACGCCACCAAAGAAAACUCUUGUUCGAGAUUUAACAGCGAAAAUCAGUAGUUAUGUCUCAUUUUUCAUAGAAUGCAGGCCACUUUCUAUUAGCAUGGGAAAUGCAGUUAGGUUUAUAAAGAGUCGUGUUGCGAAAUUGCCAUUAAGCCUUUCUGAGUCUGAAGCUAAAUCCACACUUUGUUCAGAAAUUGACCGAUUUUUAAAUGAUAAGAUAAUUGUUGCUGAUAAAGUGAUAGUUAAUCAUGCUGCUACAAAGAUUAGAGAUGGUGAUGUUCUACUCACAUAUGGAUCGUCAUGUGUUGUUGAGAUGAUUUUUCUACAUGCCCAUGAACUCGGGAAACAGUUUCGUGUUGUGAUUGUAGACUCGCGUCCAAAGCUUGAAGGCCAAGCAUUACUGCAUAGACUGGUAGCAAGGGGUCUGACUUGCACGUAUACACAUAUAAAUGCAGUGUCAUAUAUCAUGCAUGAAGUAACACGGGUAUUUUUGGGAGCUGCCUCAGUGUUAGCUAAUGGAACCGUAUAUUCAAGAGUUGGAACUGCAUGUGUUGCAAUGGUUGCUCAUGCAUUUUGCGUUCCAGUCAUAGUCUGCUGUGAAGCUUACAAGUUUCAUGAAAGAGUACAGCUUGAUUCUAUUUGCUCUAAUGAACUAGGUGAUCCAGAUGCUAUUGCAAAAGUUUCUGGAAGAACUGAAGUAAACUAUCUGGAAAAUUGGGCGAAUAAGGAAAAUUUGCAACUUCUGAAUCUGAUGUAUGAUGCUACUCCAGCUGAUUAUGUCUCCAUGAUUGUCACUGAUUAUGGCAUGAUUCCACCCACGAGUGUGCCUGUCAUUGUACGCGAAUAUGGUAGAGAACACUUGUACUGACAUCACCGGAUGAAUUUCAUUUAAAUGGACAGGAUGCAUCUUACAGACUGGUGGUUGUUUUACCAGAGAAUAAAAGUUCUAAUAUUUUUACACAUAGGAUUGGGGAUUCGUAAGCCUUAUUUUUGAUCGAUAUUAACAACUCAAGGUAGUUGGGUUUGCAAUUUUUUUGGGUAUAUAGGCUCAGUGAAGAGUGCAUUAUGUAGCCUCUCCUGACAAUUUUGGAGGUGCUUCAUGUAUUGUGUAAUUGAAUUUUGUCAACCUUUACCUGAAUUCUUAAGAAGCUCUUUUUUGAUACUGGUUGGAAUUGAUAAUUGAACAUCAUA